CGACACUCCAUAACACCGACUGCACCAUCACUCUAAGAAAUAACGCAGCAGACAAACAAUGAGGAAGAUAAAAAGAACAAUAAUACCCGACUGGAUGGUAGUUGCUCUGUCGGCUGCCUUCGUGUUUGUUGUUGUCGGUGCGAGUUCGAAGAACAAUCGUCCGCACGUUCCAUCACAGCCCAGAACUAUUGGCAGCGUCGAGAUUACCGCAACCGUAGAGACACGGACACAAGUGGAGGAUAGUCCAGGUAAUUCAACGAUCGCCCUGAAGAAGAAAGUCACAAAGCCCAAGAAGAAACGGCCAAACGGCAAAACGAGUGGUUCCAACAGCGACAAGCGGUCGUAUUCUUCCGGAAGCACCACCUCCACUUCGCUCCGCCGGAUAAAAAGGGAGUACAAGGACGCGGUCGACAUGGGGAUUGCGUACGAUUGGGCCAAGCAGCGCCUCGUCACACGAAAGUCAAAGACGAAAAGGGCCCCGUCGGUGGACGGCGACGCGGACGGGAGGAUUCCGAGCAUCAUGUGUCUCGGUCCGAUCACCACAAAUCUGCGGCAGUGGCAUUUCAGUUUUCGUGGCGCCGGGGAUGGGGCUUACAGCAAGGGAAUAUACCACGGUCAGAUAUUGCUGCCGAAAGACUAUCCGAUGUCGCCACCGAGCGUACAGAUGUGGACCCCGAGCGGCCGUUUCGUCCCCGGCAGGGAUAUAUGCCUGUCUGCCUCCAAUUACCACCCCGAGAGCUGGACGCCGAAGUGGUCGAUCCAGGGAAUUGUCAACGCCCUCCGGUUGCACAUGCUCACCGCGCCCAACGAAAUCGGAGGAAUGCAAAGCACCCACGACGAAGAGGUCGAGUUCGCGCGGCUCAGUUUGGCGUGGAAGCAGAGAUGGAGGGACGGUGGAAGCAUAAUCACCGUCGAUCACAGACUUCUUCUGGAAGAGGGUAUUUUGAGCGAUGGAAGCUCGGAAGAACCAACGAACAUUGGUGAACUUCUACAAGAUCUUCGGGGAGAGACCGGCGUACGGGAAGAAAGCGAAGACGACGAGAGCCAAGGCCCCGCAGAAGUCGCAGCAGAACAAGCCGACCACGCGACCACCGAAGACGGCCUUUGCGAAUACGGUAAGGAGAGCGACAAUCGAAUACGAUUCGGUGCGAGAUUCAGUCUUUCGAUGAGCACUGUCACGUCGUUGGUGCAACUGGCGUGCUUGUACGUGAUUGUUCUCUUGUUUUUCAAUAGAUGAUAAACUACUAGUAGUACCCGAGUUUCAUAGACCACUGCAUCUGCAGUUUUUCUACCUGCAAAUUCUGCAGUAUUGUCAAUCAAUCGAUGAUAGUUGUGCACAAAGCAACAUCUAGGUUUUCCUCUUCACUGGUGAGAGGAGAUGGAUAGUUUAAUACAGGCGAGAAUUGGAC